AUAUGUUUUCGACAGCAAAACCCAAGAGACAUUUACUGGUUUCUAUUCAACCAAAUCCGCGGAAGGGAAAGUAUUAUAUGAGCUGGUAAAGACAGCCAUUAGCAAGAUAUCUUAACAGUUCAAAAUGUAUAUCGCCUAUAUGCCUUGAAAUUUAUUUAUGCGUGGCACCAAAGUUUGUUGCCACACAUAUUUGAUAAUUUCUUCCAUGAUUCAAGAGAUUUUCAUGGUUAUAAUACCAGAUAUUCAUCUAAUUUAAACAUGUAUAAACCAUCUGUUGGAGCAAUUAAUUUAUAGAAGGAUCUCCCAGAUAUAACUAAAAAUCUACCUUUGUUUCCCUUCUUUAAGCAAGCUUAAACCUAUACUUAUUGGCUAAACAACAUACGUAUUGAAAUUUGCAUCAUUUAUGAUAUAAAUUAUACUUAUUGCAUAUUCUUCAGCCUUUCUAUUAACAUAGACUAAUGGAAAAUUAAAAUAUUUUCUUCAGUUGUCUGACAUUAUAAUGUAUAUUAAUCUAAUAAGAAUAAAAACAAUUGAAGCUAACUAAAAACCUAACGGUUCACUUGACCUCCAAGCUCUAAAAAUGUUAUGCAAAAUAUAAAUUCUAUCUAUGUAUUAAUUAUUUAAGAAUUGUGUAUUAUUAAUUUAUGUAUAUUUUUCUAUCUAAGAGUGAAAUAAAGUUGUAUUGUGUUGUGUUGUGUUGUGUUGUGUUGUGUUGUGUUGUGUUGUGUUGCGUUGCGUUGCGUUGUGCUGUAUUGAGAAAAUGAGAGAAAGCCUUAUCAACAAUGGUCUGGAGGAACAAUCCGCUAAGGACAAUACUUGCUCUAAUAUUCUGCCUAUAUUCCAGAACGAACUGGAAAAUAUUUAUAUGGAGCAUCUCGUGUGGUUGAGACAACUAAAGAAAGAUCCAGUACAUAAGAAAAUUAUGCAGACAAAGGAUACGCUUGUGAAAAACGCUGGCCUUGAACUAGAGGAAGCUAUGGAAGCUGCUAUUGAUAAGAGGAAAUUUCAUAUAAAAAAGCUUUUAAAGGAUUACUAUAUUUUGUUGAAGAGAACAAUAAUGAUGAUUAUAAAUUAAUAGGAUUGAAGUCAUGUAUUCGAACAGCAUUAGCAUGUAAAGCAUACCAGUAUUAAGACACAUGCAAGCAUGUAAAGUUCGAGUCAUUAAAUGAAUUGCUUUUCAAUUACCUGUCUUUUCUUGUCAUUAUUACAUGGGUUGAUCGGGUACAGAAUGAAAUGGCAAAAACGGGCGAAAAUGUAUACAUAUGUGUACUAAUCAAUUUUCUGCUGCGGUUUCCACGAACGAAGAAAGUACACACUGUCUUCGGGCCAUCGGGCCUAAACGGACCUUAUGACCAGAUGAGCAUGUGCUGCUCAUAAGGCCGGUUUAAACACAAACUAAUGCGAAUAGAUUUUAUUAGAUUUUCAAAAUCAUGCCUGCUCAUGAGCAGAUGCUCAUCUUCUCAUAAGGCCCGUCUAGGCCCGAAGACAGGGUGAACAUUCUUCGUUCGUGGAAACCGCUGCGGAAAAUUGAUUAGUACACAUAUGUAUACAUUUUCGCGCAUACGUUUUUGCCAUUUCAUUGUGUACCCGAUUGACCCAUCUAAAAAUGACAAGAAAAGACAGUUAACUGAAAAGCAAUAUAUUCAAUUACUAGAAGUUUACAUGCUGUGGCUUAAUACUGGUAUGUUUUUACAUGCUAAUACUGUUCGAAUACAUGACUUUAAUCCUAUUAAUCUAGUCUAAUCAGCAUCAUUAACAAGCUUUUUUAUAAGAAAUCUCCUCGUUUCAAAGCAGCUUCCAUACCUUCCUCUGGAUCAACGUAAUUGUUUUUCACGAGCGCAUCCUUUGUCUGCAUAAUUUUCUUAUGUACUGGAUUUUUCUUUAGUUGUCUCAUCCACACAAGACGUUCCAAAAUAAAUAUUUUCCAGUUCGUUCUGGAGUUCAGGCAGAAUAUUAGAGCAACCAUUGUAAUUAGCGGAUUGUUCAUCCAGACCACUGUUGAUAAGGCUUUCUCUCAUUUCCUGAAAAGCUUUUAGUAUUAUUUCUUUGCUAUGCUACUUCUAUGAAUGGUAUCCAAGGAUCCAUUUCUUCUUCAGUUUCUGACUCAUAAUCAGUGGAAAUUUCAGACCCUUGAGCUGAAGUUGUCGAAACGUCGUCUUGGAAAUCCCUUCCCUGGCUAUCCAAGUCUGUUUGAGACAUGUUUACUUUUUGUUUGCGUACGGGACAGUAUUCCUUUUCAUGUCCUCUUAGAUUGUAAGCACGGCUAAAUUGCUUUCCGCAAAAUUGGCAGCUUAUUCUGUUAGCACUGACUGUGUGGAAAUGCCUUGUUUUUGAGCAGCACUGCAGUUUACGCCUGCUCACAAAUUAAAUGACUUAAGAAAUGAUGACGCCAUCGGCGGUGCUAAAUGCACUGCCCGCACUUCCCGUCGUAGAACCCCCCUUCUCUAUACUACUAAUAGCUGUAUUUGAUUACAAGGAACUCAUAUUAAUGUGCAUUGAACUAUUGUAGAUAUCAAUGAGUGCGAUCGUGAUACGUAUGAAUGUGAUGGCAAUGCAACAUGUACAAAUACAAGAGGGGGUUACAACUGUACCUGUUAUGAUGGAUUCAGUGGCGAUGGAUAUGAUUGUGAAGGUGAAGUUUCUGUCUUCUUAAAAUUGAUACUUUGUAUUAGAAAUCUAAGACCAAAUAAUCAAAUUUACUAAUUAUUUUCGCAAUAUGGUUCGUUUUGGCCAGAAAACUUUGUAGAUACUAGCAAUGAUGAAUCUGUUAUUGAUUCUUAAAAAACUUAUUAAUAAUUCAGGAGCAAAACACAAAGAAAAAUCAUAAGCGUGUGGUAUCUUUAUAUGUGAUAAAAAAUCAUGUUCAUUUACUUAAACUUUAGCUUUGAUUUUCUCGGUUUAAACAAAGUUUAUUUUAAAAAUUACUUCACUAAUGUACUCAUCAGAAGAUGGGUCGUUUUUUAAGCCAUGUAGUCGUGUUUUAUCGACUUGUAGUCGUGUUUUAUCAGAUAUAAAACGCUCGGCUGCGCCUCGCGUUUUAUAUCUGAUAAAACACUUCUACGCGUGCUUUAAAUAGUACUUCAUGAGGUUUAAAUCCACGUUAGUUUAAUUUCAUGCCAAGAGUUUCCAAUUUCCGACCACCGUUCAUAUCUUUAGCGGCUCAAUUUCCUAUGUUCAAUUUUUAUGUUAACAAUCGUUGCGCGCUUCAAUAAUCGUUGCGUACACCUAUUAUCCUGAGUUGCAACAUGAUAUUUCUUUGACCACAAGGUGGGAGAAGUGUUUUAGUGCAGAAGAGCUAUUGCUAUAGUCUAGCGUCCGUAGCAGAUGAUAAGGUGAAUGUUAAGAUGCCACUUUGAGUUUAAUAUCCUGUUGAAUUAAAAUCUUUGCGAUUCGUUGCAAGAUAUGAUGUAACAGGUGGGGCAGAGGGGGCCGAUUGUCGAAACUCCCUUCAGAAUGAUAAGGUCAACUUUAAGGUGCUGAAUAUUUGACAUUAUUCGGCUUUAUACUAUAAUAUAAUUAUCAAAUAUCGACAAAAGGCGAUUCAUGGUCAUAAUACAAUCUUGUGGAAAUCGUUGAAAUAUAAGGUCCAACAUGAAAUCAAUGCGAGGAAAAUAUCGUACUACAAAACAAAGGUACAACAUUUAAAGAAGGAUGGCUGCCGUAUGUGGUGGAAAAUCGUAAAUAAAAUGGCAGGAAAAUCUGUAAAGAACUCCUUCUUGCUUGAACAUGAUGGAAGAACUCUGGAUCAAUCAGAAUUAGUUAGAGCUUUGAAUGUGUUCUAUGCAUCGGUGAAUAGUGACAUUCCACCACUUAAUUUAGCGACACUCCCGGCAUUUCUUCCGGCCAAAGAACCUGCUCCAACAGUUCAACCACAUGAAGUAUCUAAAAAGCUCUUAGAAAUUAAACCUUUUAAAGCUCACGGCCCAGAUAACGUCCCCUUGUCGUAUCCUGAAAGAGUUUGCCCAUGAAUUAGCCGAACCUGUUGCAACUAUUUUCAACGAAUCACUUUCAUCUGGAAUCGUGCCUGCAAUAUGGAAAGACUCAGACAUCAUACCAGUUCCAAAAUCACAAUCUCCUACCUGUGAAGGUGACACCAGACCCAUCUCACUGACACCCUGCCUGGCUAAGGUUCUUGACGAUUUCGUGGUCGGGUGGAUGAUAACCGAUAUUAAAGACAAGAUCGACCCCAGGCAGUUUGGAUGCUUGAAAGGAACAUCCACAACUUAUUGUCUUUUAGACAUGAUCCACACUUGGUUGUGCAACUUAGAGUGUCCUGAAAAACAUCUUAGACUUUGUUUCCUUGACUUCGAAAAGGCGUUUGACCGUAUAGGACAUAAUUUACUGAUAUUAAAGCUGUUGGACCUGGGUGUUAGAUCGUCCCUGUUGCCUUGGAUUAUCAACUUCCUAACUAACCGCCGUCAUCGGGUCAAACUUGGAGGGAAAACGUCAGACUGGUUGCCAAUGAAUGCGGGUGUCCCCCAGGGAACUAAACUCGGUCCAAUUCUGUUUUUGGCGAUGAUAAAUGAUCUCGAUGUGAAACCACACGCAACGGAUAUUUGGAAAUUUGUGGAUGACAUAUCAACAUCUGAAAAUAUCACAAAGGGCAGCAAUUCAAAGUUUCAGUUCUGCAUUGAUACUAUAAAUUCGUGGGCUUCGUGCAACCUUAUGAAACUUAACCCCAAAAAGUGCAAAGAACUACGCGUUUGCUUUCUGCGGGAAUCACCUGAUCUAUCACCAUUGUUGAUCGACGGUCAUGCGCUUGAGGUUGUGCGGUCUCAUAAAGUCCUAGGUCUGGUUAUCCAAAACGAUCUUAAAUGGAAUGCACACAUAGAAUCAGUUGUAUCCAAGGCUUCUAAACGUUUAUAUAUCAUCCACAUAUUACGACGAGGUGGUGUCCCUGCGGAAGACUUAUUGAGUAUAUACUUUGCCUUAAUACGAUCGGUUCUGGAGUACUGUUUGGUGGUAUGGCAUCAUGCCCUACCUUUGUACAUACCUCGCCGAUGAAUUAGAGCGAGUGCAAAAACGAGCGCUGAGGAUCAUUUUACCGCGUUACUCUUAUAGGGAAGCAUUAGCACAACUUGGGUGUUCCAGAUUGGAUGAAAGGCGAGAACGACAUUGCCUCAAUACUAUGAAACGCAUAGAAAUUGAAGGACCACUGUCAAAAUAUGUUCCAUUGUCUAGGGCUAGUUCAAAUGAUUAUGAACUUAGAAACUCUAACACAACAAUAAAAUGCCGAACAGAAAGAUAUCGCCGUAGCUUUUUUCCCAGUACAGUAGCUCUAUAUAAUAGUUAUAGUAAAGAAACUUAAGCGUGAUACUUAAUUACGAUGAUUUUAAUGCAAUUCAAUAAGAUUUUUAGACUUGAUGCAUGCAACUAAAUUUUUUAUAUAUGUAAAUAUAUAGCGUACCAAUUUUGUAAACGCACCAUAAUUCAAUCUAUUGCGAAGGUGUGUAUCUUAAACCAUUAAUAAUAAUAAUAAUAAUAAAAUAAUACUCAAACAUUAUACGUACUAAUAUGGUGUGAUAGCAUGCAGUGUCCCGCUUUGGGACAAACAUACCUGAAGGUGGGUUUGCUGGUAAUUAUGAAAUGAUGAUUCUAGUGUUAAAGUGUUAACAAAUUAGGAUAAAAUGCUAAGCUUUGUGUUAAAAAUCGGGAUAUUAAAUUAUCUAGAUUUGUUUGCGAGACGAUAUUAUAUGCGUAUGACCGUGCAUGCAUUAUUGGGCAACUUUUCACAAUUAUAUGCAAAUCAAUGCGGCGUUAUGCCAUAUAUCCCUAAUACAGUCUAGUUGUCAUGAACAGCAUAAAUUUCGAGCCAUCCUUAGUAUAUACAUUUAGUUAUAAUUUUGAAGUUAAAAGUGAAUGCGGACAGUACAGCAGAUAGAUAACGCAUGCAUGUUGCGAAUCCCGCUAAAGUUGCUACAUACAGGCGAGUGUUAGCUGAUUUUUAGCGCCUAUUUCUGCUAGUACGUUCGAACGUGUAACGGUUUCUGUUCACAAUUUUUGAAAUGUUUUUAAUUGCAGAAAUUGACGAGUGUGAUGGUGAAAAUGAUUGUCAUGACAAUGCCACGUGUACAAAUACUAUUGGAUCGUACAACUGCUCUUGUAAUGGUGGAUUCGAAGGCAAUGGUACACACUGCCAAGGUAUAGGGGAUGUGUUUGUAUUGUUUGUUGGUUUAUAUGUCAAUGACAGGUUGUUCGAAGGCACGUACAAUAUAGUGAUCUCAACUGAAAAAAAGCGCCGAUUUAUAAUAUACGAAUUCUCGUCCUUUUAAACCUUAAUUUUUCGGAUUUGAUUUGUUCGUCUAACACAAUUCCAUGGCAAACCCCUCUGAAUUCAUUGGAAUUUUAAACGUUUUAACUUUUUUAUAGGACCAGCUUAACUCCUUCAGAAAUUAAAUCACGUGAUUAGCUAGCCUGCUUGCAGACGUUGUUAUUCUUACGCCAAAUUUCAAACAGUUGUGUCUGAAAACCUCCUUUUUUUAAGAUAUGUUAUCUCUGCCACUAAAUCUUAUCAAUAUUUGCUAUAAAUAUACCUAGAAUGAUUUUUUAUGCCCACUUUAUUUUACGAUAACAUACUUGAUGUACAUAAAACCUUGAUCUUUCAAUUUACCACUUCAAAACCCACGCUUAAAUUCAAUACAGCCCUUGAACACCAUUUCAAAACAAAAGGUAUACAUUAUUUUUUAAAAUGUUGUGAAUUUGCGCAACAUAAGACUAAGAUUGUCCCAAAAAAGAACUUCCCCACUUGAAAAAAACUUUAUUCAAACAGAGCUAUUCCAAAUACCAAUACUGGAUUAAAAACGACGAAAAACUAACGUCUGCUGACCCGAGCGCCAGAAUGAAUUCUGCUACUUCAACCAAUCAGAAUUUACCUUCCAAAUUCUGGAAAGUGACGUCAGUUGAUUUAAUAGCGGAAUAAGUACUAGAUAAAUAUUUUGGAUGCAGUCGUCGGUUGAAUAUUGGUCAAAAUUGCACAUAAAUUGAAUUUAAAGAUAUUGAUACUUGCCAGGUAAUAAAAUGCACCAUUAACGAUCAGAUUCGGAUAUUGAAGAUGUUCGGUUAACGCGGACAGGAUAGCACUACACUGUAUGAAUUCAGGCCAGUUUGAUUUUUGACGGAUGUUUAUCUUUAAGACAACAGAACUCAGAAGACAGAAAAUUUUAUACAAUACUGUGGCUUAGAAAGCGAAAUAGUAGCCUCCAAGUAAACUAAUUUGCUGUUUGAGCAACUACUUCUCAAUGUAAACUGUAAACACAACACAAACCCGAGAAACUUGUAAUUGCGCCGAGAUGGAUUCUCCAAUUCGCCCAAACUUCGAAUAAACGAGAGCUUAAUCUUUUAGAAGUUUUCGUCGAAGUCAUGGCAUAUAGGAAGUACGUAUCAAGAGCAACAUUUGCACAUAAUUAUCAUGAUUUACCCGCGUUUCCCGAUCGAUUGAUUGUUAACAAAAUUUAAAUUUCGCCUACUGCAUCGCUUCUGCAUUUUAUGUAUACACCGAUUGUUUGCAGAACAUUCGAGAAGAUAUUUGUGAUGUUACUCUGAGUGUAUAUCCACACCGGGCGAACUUGAAAAAUAUGCCCGGCCACGGUGGGAAUCGAACCUACGACCUUUGGAAUACUAGCCCAAUGCUCUGCCAACUGCGCUACGGGGUCAGGUCGGUUCGAGUAAGUGAUAUUUUGGAACAGAAUCUAGUUCCUUCGAUACCAAUGUAAUCAAGUAAUAUGACUUUUUCUGUGUUGGUGUUGUGUACUCAGGUAAAUAUGAUAUUUGUGAUGUUACUGAUACUCUAAGUGUAUAUCCACACCGGGCGAGAUUGAAAAAUAUGCCCGGCCACGGUGGGAAUCGAACCUACGACCUUUAGAAUACUAGCCCAAUGCUCUGCCAACUGAGCUACGUGGUCAGGUCGGUCCGAGUAAGUGAUAUUUCGGAACAGAAUCUAGUUUCUUCGAUACCAAUGUAAUCUAGUAAUAUGAUUUCUUCUGAGCUGGUGUUGUGUACUCAGGUGAAUAUAAUAUCUGUGAUGUUACUCUGAGUAUAUAUCCACACCGGGCGAGCUUGAAAAAUAUGCCCGGCCACGGUGGGAAUCGAACCUAGGACCUUUGGAAUACUAGUAACAUCACAAAUAUCAUAUUUACCUGAGUACACAACACCAACACAGAAAAAAUCAUAUUACUAGAUUACAUUGGUAUCCAAGGAACUAGAUUCUGUUCCGAAAUAUCACUUACUCGAACCAACCUGACCACGUAGCUCAGUUGGCAGAGAAUUGGGCUAGUAUUGCAAAGGUCGUAGGUUCGAUUCCCACCGUGGCCGGGCAUAUUUUUCAAGAUCGCCCGGUGUGGAUAUACACUCAGAGUAACAUCACAAAUAUCAUAUUCACCUGAGUACACAACACCAGCACAGAAAAAAUUAUAUUACUAGAUUACAUUGGUAUCGAAGGAACCAGAUUCUGUUCCAAAAUAUCACUUACUCGAACAGACCUGACCACGUAGCUCAGUUGGCAGAGCAUUGGGCUAGUAUUACAAAGGUGUAGGUUCGAUUCCCACCUUGGCCAGGCAUAUUUUUCAAGCUCGCACGGUGCGGAUAUACACUCAGAGUAACAUCACAAAUAUCAUCUUCACCUGAGUACACAACACCAACACAGAAAAAAACAUAUUACUAGAUUACAUUGGUAUCGAAGGAACUAGAUUCUGUUCCGAAAUAUCACUUACUCGAACCGACCUGACCACGUAGCUCAGUUGGCAGAGCAUUGGGCUAGUCUUCCAAAGGUUGUAGGUUCGAUUCCCACCGUGGCCGGGCAUAUUUUUCAAGCUCGCCCAGUGUGGAUCACAAAUAUUAUAUUCACCUGAGUACACAAGACCAACACAGAAAAAAUUCGAGAAGAUGAUCACAAUAUUAUUUUACGUACAGUAAACAUCGUGAAGUUCAAUGCUAUAGUUUCCAAAAUAUAUCCACGCAAGUAAACAAAUUUCAACCUAAACAAUAUAUUCCCAUGUGCAAGGGCUUUCCUCAGUAGCAAACCCCUGAGUAAGGCGGCUCUCAAUUGGCUCUAACUCUUUUGAACAGUGAAAACUGCCACAAGAUUGGCUCCUAAACAAAGGGAAUGGAAUGUGCAGCUCGGGUCAGCAGACUUUAGUUUUUCGUCGUUUGGCGUAAGAAUAACGUCUGCGAGCUGGCUAGUGAUUAGCAUAAAUGUGCUAACAUGCAUGCAAAAUCAAUCGCAUCAUAACAAAACACGUCCUUUGUGUUUUCGUGCUUGUGUUUCGACGUUUUUCGGAUUUUAGAGAACAUCCUGAAUUGAUUUAGCUGUAUUUGGUUGCAGGAAACUUACAAACAUUACAAAGUGCAAUGAAAUAUUUUAGAUAUCGAUGAGUGCGAUCGUAAUACGCAUGAAUGUGAUGGCAACGCAACAUGUACAAAUACAAGAGGAGGUUACAACUGUACCUGUUAUGAUGGCUUCAGUGGCGACGGAUAUGUUUGUGAAGGUGAUGUAGUUGUCUUAUUCGUUAAAUUGACACUUUGUAUUACAAAUCUAAGACCAAAUUUCGCAAUAUGGUUCGUUUUGGCCUGAAAUUUUUAACAUGUGUAAUGAUGAAUAUUUUAUCAUUCAUUCUUCAUGUGGUUUACAGUAAUUCCACGUUUCAUUUCAUGCGAAGAGUUUCCAAUUUCUGAAAGAUUACGAUUACGUGCGUACAUUUACUUAGUUAUACUAGUUUACCCACAGGGUAGUGAAUGCUGCCUUGAUAUAGCAUUGUUCCCAAAUCUUUAAUAUUUUUUAAAAAGAAUAAGAGUAAGAAAUAUUUGUAAUCACAAUUCCCAUAUUAACCAAAAUUUUGAUCUCAACAAGUCUAGACAAAAUUCCAUCGUAGCAUGAAAGAGGAUCGCAAAAUUAGUAAUAUUCCAAAGUUUCGUUGCGAAAUGUUGUAAAAUGCGGAUAAUAUAGCCUUGCGAAAUUUGCAAUUUUCAGUCAUUUUAGAUUACAAACGGGAAAUGGUUACCACUUUUCCAAAAUUUUGAUCUUAACUAGCCUAAACAAAAAUUUUAUCACAACUUGAAAGAGCAUCACAAAAUUAGUAAUAUUCCAAAGUUUCGUUGCAAAAUGUUGUAAAAUGCGGAUAAUAUAGCUUUGCGAAGUUUGUAAUUUUCAGUCAUUUUGUAAUUUGUAUUACGCACAGAAGUGGUAACCAUCUCCCGUUUGUAAUCUAAAAUGACUGAAAAUUGCAAAGUCUAGAUUUGUUGAGUUCAAAAUUUUGUUCGGGGAAUGGUCCGUUGGAAUCAUCAUUAAUUUAUACACUUGAAUGUGCCGUAUGAUAACUCGGCGCUCGAAGUUUCGUAUCGAAAGAGGAACAGCCGAACAGGUACGAUGGCUAACAAGAAUGAGUGUACUUAUCAACUUAUCUAACGCGAGUAAAAGAUCAAAAUGGCAGGUAUGGCUGUGAUAUCUAGUAUAUAAAAUUGUAUAGACAAUUUGCUUACAAAUACGGUGCAGCGGUGCUAGGUCAAAACGGCCCCGCUUCAAUAAUCAUAUGAUUUAGACCAGGGGUUAAAGGGCAUGCAAUGACAAUGACAUGCAGGUGACAUGUGCGAGUGUGCGUCUCACUGUUUAUCAAAGAAGGCAAAAAUAUAUACAAGCAGGGGCGGAUCCAGACCGAUGCCAACGAUGCGAAUGCAUCGGUCAAAAUUGAGAAAUCAUGUUGCUUGAAAUAAUAUGUCGGCAAUACUUAGUCAAGCACUCAGUAAUAGAAUAUCUUUGAAUCUCUCCAGCUAUCAAACCGCAACUAUUUGCUUAAACUUGACUCCAUGUGACUGUCCAUGUCGGGAAUACACUAUUUAGGAUGAAAUCCAAUUUAAAUUGUCUCAAUAACAGUCGAAAUUGUCAAAAUAAGUCCAAUAUGCGACGUGCGAUCGCAAAAGUAUUUUCUGUUAUUUACUUUUUAUUUUGCGACACUUAAGCGUGAAUAAUUUCGCGACAAAAUAUUUUUUUUACCGCAUUAACAUCCUUUGACGUCACAGUAGAAAGCUGAUGCAUCACCUACGUCACGGUAGAUUUUGUUUGCAUCGAUUUUCAGCCAUUUUGCAUCAGUGAAUGCAUCGGUCCCGAGUCCUUUUCCGCGUAAAAUCUACUGUGACAUCAUCAAAUCUAUUGUUUUAGAGCCCUACGUCAGGGUAGAUUAGUCCGCUGAGCGAUGCAUCGCAUGCAGAUUGCGGGCGCUCGCAUCAGUUCACUGAUGCAAAUUUCAAAAUCAAAAUCUACUGUGACGUAACGAGGCAUUCGAUUCAAGUCAUGGCGGCAAGGAUAUGCAAACACUAUAUGCAAAUGAACAAAAUUCAACAAAUAAUGCGAAGAAAUAUCCCUCGAAUAUGAUGGAGAGCAAUUAAGUUACAGUCGAAUUAAUUACCGAGGUUUGGAAUGAAUUUGAUCUUUCAACUGAGCAGUGAGCACAAGAAUUGAAGUAUAUUUAUACUGUGAGAAUGUGAGAUGCCCACUACGGCCACUAGGGCUCUAAAGUAAGUGGAAUUUAUGUAUAUUUUACAUUGUAGUACAUUGUUAAUUGUUCAGUUCAAUGUAGAUUUGUAUGUAUUAACAUAAUAAUUCAAGUUUGUGUCUAUUUGAUACUGCUGUUCAUACCAGGAUUUAUAUAACCUGUGCCCAUGCAGACCUUCAUUUUUCUCACAGCUGGCGGGCAAAGAAAAAUGAAGACCUGAUAAAGUCACAUGUUAUUAAAUGUUUGUGUCCUACAACUGCUUUUAUGGUUGUAACUCUGAUUGCCGACUACUUCUAGCAUUGCCAUAUUUAAUGUAUUUUUUUGAUAUUUUGGUUAGUGCUAUAUAUAAUUAAAUAAUGAUAGAUUAAAUAGUGAUUGUAACUAUAUUUAGCUUGUUGUUAAAUUAUGUGAAAUAAUUUGACAUUUCGCCUGGCACAUUUUGAUUGGAUACCGGUACUAAAAAUAAAACUUUGGUGUGGGUCAAGACUUGCAUCAGGCACUGUACAGUAUGUAAUUAGAAUGUAUAAUAAUAUUGCAGGUUAAUUAACCCAUUGAGUCGCAUUGCACCCUGAUGCACCCUACUUUAGUAUUUUACUCUGUCUAACGCCAGACGAUUUUACUUGUCAAGGGGAGAGUGCUGGCGCUUAAUGGGUUAAUGAGCUGGAUUUCUAAUAGUGAUGCAAUAUUGGUUAGAAAACAUUACAUUUCAUUUUAUAUGGAAAUGAGCUGGCGUGCCUCAUGACAAGAGUAUAAUUGCUUUGCAUUGCCUGAGUUAUUGGGCAAUUACUGUACACUGGAUAUUUUGCAAACAAAGAUCAUUACCUGGGCUGCUCGCCUACCAUAGUUUGGUACAUAUGCUUUGUCGGUGCAAAUAUAAUUUGAUAUAAGCUGUAUAUGUCAUUCUGUUGACAAAUUUUAAUCUUAGAAUGAUAAAAUGAUGGACGUUAUAAAUACUGUAUAUAACUGCAUGUAACUGGUGUAUAUAGGUUAUAAUUAUGAAAUUUCCUCACAAAAGUGGUAUAGAUUUAAUUAAAUUAUAUAUAUUUGUAGUGCUUAAUUCUCCCAAUACUAUGUUUUGGAUAGCCAGCAUGGCUCUCUGAGCAUUACCAUUGAUAAGUGUACGGAUAUAUUUGACGAAGAUGUGCAUUUAUAUAGUAAUACAGGGAAAAUAUUGAUCAAUACUACUGCGCAGCCUUUCUACAUUGACAUCAUCUUAAAAGAGUACUAUAUUAAUAUAUUAGUUGAAAGGCAGGCAAAAGGGGACUGAUAGAAGACAUCUGAUGAUUCAAUUAUGUCAUCAUAUAUAUGUUUAUCAUUGUACAGUUUGGUAGGUUCAUUUGACAAACAAUUUUCAACUAAGAUAGUUCAUUAAAUCAAUUUACACACAGUAUCACUAUAUAUAUAUCUAUUGAUUUAAAGUUUGGGGUCAUGUGUACCUAUAGUUAUACUUAUAGAAUUUUAAAACUCAGUGCUUGUUGUGUGUUAGUUUUACUGGUUUCCUGGUGACAGGGCAAUAUUCUCAGUAAUUUAGAGUGUGGGCUAGUCACCAUGCAAAUAUGCAAUUCACAUCAAAGGCAUCUAUUGCUAGGGGUGAAUAAAGUUGACAUACUGAUGCCAACAACACUGUCCAUACAGAGUAAGGUUAGCAGCAUAAGACAGAGUUGUAUAUAAAUAAGUUUACCAACUAGAGCACAAAAUACCUUUAUGCAUCAUUCUAAUGCUAAAAAAUUUACUCAUGGAACAUUGCAAAUUAGUGGAAAUGAAUAAGCCUCAGGGAAGGUGGUUAAGAAACCUAAUAACAUUGUCUUUUGAGUCCAACAUUGCAACUAGUGGAUCACACUGUAUACACCUUUGUUACACGUAUGUGUGUAUUUGCGUUGUCGUGAUUUUUUGCCGAAAUGUUUUUCAAUAGAAAAGUUAAGGCUACAAGAAGCACAGUAGUAAGUACUGACUAUUUUUUAAUAGAGACUUAUGCACCGCUGCUGCUAUUACACUUGUACAAGCAAAUAUUUUUUCUUAUAUGGAAAAAUUAUGUUGUUUUUGCGAUAUAUAGGUUCAAGUUUUUUACGUGCUUUCCAAAAAUGCAGCAAAUAAAUUUGUGACUCUGAUGUAUGAAUUGGAACAAAAGAGUUUGCUCAGAACGCAGGAAAUCGCAUUUCCGAGGUUCUAGAUUUCAAAAUUUCCCGGGGGAGGAUACCCCCGGACCCCCCGACAAAUGCGAGUUCUUAUGUAUGCAUCAGUCAGUUCAGGAGCUGGAUCCGCCCCUGUAUACAAGACAACCUCACAUGUGGAAUCUGUUCACUUACGCACUGCGUUGUGAUGCAGUACAAGUACAAAUACAAAUGACAUUAUGACAAAGCAUUUUUAAAGGCUUUAAAUCCUAAAACAUAAUUAAAUCAUACGGCAUAUUCAAGAUUUUAAUAUCGUAUUUCAGCCGCGUUUAUACUGCUUGGCGCGCAUUCGCUGCGUUAUAUUAAUUUAUAUACCUAUGUUAUAUACAUAUAUUUAUUACUAAUAAAUCAACACUAUAUGAUAUUAAUAUAUAAGAACUCACAAAGUGCGGUCACCUUUUUAUAAAUAAACCAUUUUAAAAGCAUGUCAUUGUCAUUGGCCUCAUUGCAGACCAGAGGCAAAAAGCACAGGCCUACCAGAUUUAUUAAGCAAUCUUGAGAUUAUAUACAUGGAAAGAAUAUGGAAAUUAUGUUAAAAGCACCCCGUAUAAUGACGAAAGCACCGCGUAUAAUGCUCGAACCACUGCGUAUAAUGGCGAACGCACCGCGUAUAAUGCUCGAACCACUGCGUAUAAUAGCGAAACCACCGCGUAUAACGCUCGAACCACUGCGUAUCGACAAAAUGUCGUUUGAUCACUUACGCCAGCUAUGGCUUUCCAUAAAAAAACCCCAAAGAUGAAAGAUGAUCACAUUGCUUGUUUGCCUUAUGCCUGUUUAUUAGGCAAGAAUAGGCUGCCGCCUCGGAAGCAGUGCAUCGUGGUAGACCGAAAUACGCCGAAACGAUCGAGAUUUCAUCUGCCUUAUAUAUAUAUAUAUAUAUAUAUAUAUAUAUAUAUAUAUAUAUAUAUAUAUAUAUAUAUAUAUAUAUAUAUAUAUAUAUAUAUAUAUAUGUAUAUAUAGUUUUUCGUUUUACCUCAAAAAACCACAACAGUCUGUUUCAUCCGUUUCAUCCGUUUCAUCCACCUGAUGAUUCCUAUACGGAUGAAACAGACUGUUGUGGUUUUUUGAGGUAAAACGAAAAACUAUAUUACGCUCUAUCUAUAUGGUAUUGAGCACUGUUUGUGUUUCGUAAACCAAAAUCUUAAGCUAUAUAUAUAUAUAUAUAUAUACAUAUACAUAAAGAUUAGGAUUGCUGCCUCGCUCGCUCGCUUCACGCUCGCUCGCUACUGCAGCAAAUAUCUACAGGUAAGUGAUGAAUGGAAGCGGAAAGGACAGCGGAUAGAUAACACGGGUUGUGGUCAUAAUUAGUAGCGGAUCGUGGAAACGAAACAGAAUAUUUUAUCUAUAUGGCUUCUUUUUUAUACCCACUAAAGUGACUACACGCAAGCGGGCGUUAGGUGACUUUGCCACCUAUAUCACUGGUAGUAAUUUUGAAAUCGAAAAGUUUCUGUUUCCAAUAUUGUUUUUAUGUUUUCUACCGCAGAAAUUGACGAGUGUGAUGGUGAAAAUGAUUGUCAUGACAAUGCCACGUGUACAAAUACUAUUGGAUCGUACAACUGCUCCUGCAAUGAUGGUUUCGAAGGCAAUGGUAUAUACUGCCAAGGUAUAGCAGACAUCGUAACCCCGUUACGUUUAGGUAG